AUGGCGGCCGUGGCUGCGGAGCCAGGAGCCUCUGCGACAUUAACCACAGCAGCGGGGGACGGAGCAGAGCUGGAGCCGGAGAUAGAGCAGCCAGUCACGGCGGAGGCUAAACUCGAGGCCGAGGCUACAAAGGAGUUCCCUCCAGUGAUGGACCUUGUGCACCUACCCAAGAAUGGAGAUGCAGCUCAGGGAUGCGAUCUUGUGCACGCAGAAUCGCGGCGCACACCCGACCCAGAUACAGUGGGUAAUGCGUUAUUUAAUUUCGGCGAAAGCGAACACAUCCUAGCGGCUAACCGCGGAGGAAGUGAGCCGACCGACCACGAGUCGGGGACGAGGGGUCCGAGAGACCGCGGGUACGCGGCGGACAACACGAACACAGGAAUGCCUCCAACCGUGGAUGCUGCAAAUGAGGUCCACUCUUGCGACCCCGCUGCCUACCUUAGCCCCGUUUUUUAUUCUGAUUCAGUGGCAGGAGAGUCCCAGAAUUGGGAAUCUGAUUCUAAUAUGUUGAUGGAGACUGAACUCGCAGCGCCAAUGCCCGCCUUUGCAGGACUGGUGGUACCUGCAACAGACUAUACCCUUUCCUCGGAACCAGAUUUGGUUCAACAGGCGAGGUUCGAGUGUGAAAUCCCCGAGGUAAUAAAACCAUCAUCUGAAACUGGACCAGCACUUGAAUCGGGACUCGCAAGUGAUGCUGCUACUCUUUGCAGAACUUCCGAGCUUGAGUCCGCGGAUGACGGGGAUGUGGUUCCGAAAUGUCCCGGGACAAUUCAGCACAGUGCGGUUUUAACCGGUGUGGAAAAUGAUAAUCUAGUACGAAUCAAGGAGGACGAAGUGAUAAGUGCUGACUUUACAGAACUUCCCGUGACAGCGGAUCGCGUUCCAACCGUUUCGGAACCAGAGGGUUUGCUUGCACAACAUGGGAUGCACGGCAACCCCGGCGAAACCGAAUCCGAGCUGAAACCCACUGUGACCGCGCAGCUCAUCCCCGGUUCGGAGGUUCGAGUCGCACUGGAUCACAUAAUCGAUGAUGCGCUAGUGGUUUCGUUUCGGCUUGGCGAGAAGAUAUUUUCCGGGGUUCUUAUGGACCUCUCUAAAAGGUUUGGACCCUAUGGGAUUCCCGUCACCGUCUACCCCAAGAGGGAAUACCGGGACAAACCCGAAUCUAUGCAGCUGAAGACGGAGUCUCUCCCGACCGAGACCGAGAACGAGGGCCCGCGGGACGUUCCCGACGCCCCCGCCGCCGAGCCCCGCCAACCCCCUGCGGCCUCCGGCCUGGCCCUCCACCAGCGGACCUCAAAGCCGCCCCCGCUCUUCCAGGAGGGGGCGCCGUACCCCCCGCCGUUGUUCAUCAGGGACACGUACAGCCAGUCGAUACCUCAGCCGCUGCCCCGCCGGGUGAAGCGGCCUCGCCGGCGGCUGUGCCGCGAGGAGCCCACGUCCAUCAUGAGCGCCAUCCGGCUGCGGCCGCGGCAGGUGCUCUGCGACAAGUGCAAGGGCGCCGUCGCCACGGCGGCGGAGAGGCGCGAGGUGCGCCGGGGGCCCGCGCCCGAUUGCCGCGGCGACGAGGCCAAGCGGAGGCGCGGCGAGGGGGCGGCGGCCGUCGCCAAGCGACCGCGCGCCGAGGAGAGGGCCCGAGCCGCGCCCCUGGUCAGGGUCGUGCCGCUGGGCCAGGCCAAGGGCAACGGUGGGGUCGCCACCGCCGCCGCCGCCGCCUCCUCGCCGGCCAACAGCGGCUCCCGAGUCCAGCCGCACACCAAGAAGGUGCUGCAGAGUAAAAACGUGGACCACUCCAGAACCGGCGAGCCCCCGCAGAGGAGGCGGCGGGACCGGGACCGGGCCGGGGGGAAGGCCAAAGGCGGCGGCCGGCCUCCCGCGACCAGGGCCUCCUGCCCGAGGGACGCCCACCAGAAGGUCCACUACACCCGCCGGCGACACCAGAUAAGCGGGGGCGGGAGGGUCCACACCAACCCCCUCCCCCCGAGGAUCCGCAUCAAGCCCCAGAGGUACCGCAACGAGGAGAACGACGACUCCACCUGCAAGCCCUCACCGCCGGCCUUCGACAAGGGGCCCGGAAGUGGCGGCAGGAGUCUGCCCAAGCUGACCCCGCCCCGCUGUCCUUCCACGCGCUCCUCCUCUUCCUCCUCUUCUUCCUCCUCCUCCUCCUCCUCAGGCGAGGUCGGCGCUGCCGCUGAGUACCAGGGCUGCCCCCGAGAGCUGGGACCUCAAAACGAGCUCAGGCCCCGAAGCCAGCCCCACUCUGAGCCUCAUCCUACGAUGGAGGCCACCCCUCGACCCCUGUCUGAUAAAGAGCAAAGGGGGGCGGGGGAACAGCCUGAGGUGCCUGGUGGCCAAGAAGAGACGCAGGAAAAACGUGGUGCCAAAGCUGGCAACAUCACAGUUUACAUGUCCUCCCUGAACCCCAGUAAGCUGGACUCCUCCAACAUCUCAGUGUGUAGUGUCGAUAGCACAGACGACCUUAAGUCCUCAAACUCGGAGUGUAGCUCCACGGAGACCUUUGAGUUUCCCCCACCUGGGGCGUUGCACUCACCCCCUGCCCCCAGCACGUCCUCGGUAGUCUCUGCCUCCUCUACCUCUUGUUCUGCCUCCUCCUCUUCCUCAUCCUCCUCUUUGUCCUCCUCUUCCUCUGCUCCCGUGGAGGAGAAAAAGCCUAGCAAAUCUGUGAAAGUCUUUUCCAAAAACGUCUCCAAGUGCAUGACCACGGACGGCAGGACUAUAUGCGUGGGGGACAUCGUCUGGGCCAAGAUCUACGGCUUCCCCUGGUGGCCGGCCCGCAUCCUGCUCAUCACCGUGAGCCGAAAGGACAACGGGCUCCUGGUGCGGCAGGAGGCGCGGAUCUCCUGGUUCGGCUCGCCCACCACCUCCUUCCUGGCCCUCACGCAGGUCACCCCCUUCCUGGAGAGCUUUCAGCUACGCUUCGACAAGAAGAGGAAGGGCCUGUACCGCAAGGCCAUCACCGAGGCAGCCCGGGCAGCCAAGCAGCUCACCCCCGAGGUGCGCGCCCUGCUCACGCAGUUUGAGACGUGAGAGUGGUCUCCGGCACGGACCCGAUGGGCAGGAUAACGGUGUGUGGCCCCCCGCCUUCAACCGAUCCAACCCAACCCUACAACCCAACCCAACCAAGGAACCCAACCGACUUAUCCAACCAGUACCACCUCAGAAUCCCAAAGGAAUGAAAGAGCACCGCAGCUGAACUGAACCCUAGACUGCUUGUCCCUCCUUUCAGUAGACAUGGAGGAAGUGAAG